AUGGCCUGUAGCUCUGCAGCAAUGGCCUGGAGAGCCAGCGUCCGGGCUCGUGCCCUUCCGACCUCCCGCUGGACCCAACGGCCCGCAAUUCUCCAACAGCGAGUCGAGCGCCACGGCGCGAGAUAUGCCUCAGACUCGGCUGCACCCGCGGCCGAAGUUGUCAAAGACGCUGCCAAGGAGUCUGCCCAAGAGACAGCCAAGGAAACCAAAGAGACUGCGAAGGAAAUUCCCCGAAAGGCAGGCCGCGGCUCCAGGAAGGCCCUGUAUGCUACCUCUCUGGCCUUCACCUUGUUGGUGGGCUAUGUCUACGGAACCGAUACCAGAGCCAGCAUUCACAGGUACGGCAUUGUGCCUUUGAUUCGCAUGCUGUACCCGGAUGCGGAAGAUGCGCACCACAUGGGUGUCGAGAACUUGAAAACACUCUACCAGUUUGGUCUUCACCCGCGGGAGCGUGGAGAGCCGGAUCGCGACGGUGCCUUGUCAACCGAGGUCUUUGGAUACAACCUGUCCAACCCCAUUGGUAUCUCUGCGGGUCUGGACAAGCACGCUGACGUGCCUGAUGCGCUCUUCGACCUGGGUCCGGCCAUUGUGGAAGUUGGCGGCACCACCCCACUGCCACAGGACGGAAACCCCAAGCCGCGUGUGUUCCGCGUGCCCUCACAGAAUGCCAUGAUCAACCGCUACGGCCUGAACUCCAAGGGAGCAGACCACAUGGCAGCGGUCCUGAAGCAGCGUGUCGUUGACUUCGCCUACGCCGUCGGAUUCGGCCAGCACGACCACUCCGAGCAGCGGGUGCUCGACGGCGAGGCCAACGUUCCUCCUGGAAGUCUGGUCCCCGGCAAGCUCCUUGCCGUGCAAGUUGCCAAGAACAAGGUCACCCCAGACUCGGACAUCGAGGCCAUCAAGCGCGACUACGUGUACUGCGUCGACCGGGUAGCGCGGUAUGCGGAUAUUCUGGUCGUGAACGUCUCGAGCCCCAACACCCCCGGUCUCCGUGACCUGCAAGCCACUGCGCCUCUCACCGCCAUCCUCACGGCCGUCGUGGGCUCUGCCCAGAGCGUCGAGCGCAAGACCAAGCCCUACGUGAUGGUGAAGGUCAGUCCCGACGAAGACUCCGACGAGCAGAUCUCUGGCAUCUGCGAAGCUGUCUGGAACUCCGGCGUCGACGGUGUGAUCGUGGGUAACACCACCAACCGCCGACCUGACGCCCUGCCCAAGGGCUUCGUCCUCCCCGAGGAAGAGCAGAAGACCCUCACUGAGACAGGUGGAUACUCUGGUCCUCAAUUGUUUGACGGCACCGUUUCGCUGGUUGGCCGCUACCGAGCUCUUCUCGACAAGGGCCCCUCCGAGUCCGCUGCCGAGGGUCCCGCGUCCAAUGUAGCCCGGAAGGUGAUCUUUGCCUCGGGGGGUAUCACCACCGGCCAGCAGGCGCAGGCCGCCCUCCAGGCUGGCGCUUCCGUGGCCAUGAUGUACACUGGUCUGACCUACGGUGGCAUUGGCACCAUCACGCGAGUCAAGCAGGAGCUGCGUAAGGAGCUUACGAAAUAA